AUGCAGGUAGCAGAAUUAAUCAAUAAUUCAAGGUCGUCUUUGCCUUCGAUAUCAGCUACCAGCAGCUACCAAUUACCACCUUCACUUCCUCCUAUAUCUAAGAGGAUUAGCUUACCGCCAAUAAGCAAUAUCUUGAUUCCAUUGGCUCAGCAGCAGCAGCAGCAGCAGCAGCAACAACCACAUCCACAAUCACAGCCACAGCUACAGCAGCUACCCCAACAGCAGAUACUACCAGCAGUUUCUCAUCUUCAACAAUCAUAUUCUCAAGUACCCCCUACUAGUAUCACUGCCGCAAACUAUACAACUACAACAAACGAUCGGUUGCAAUCGUUUAGCAAAUCGCCUAUACCUACUACUACUUCAUAUACCAGUUCCAACGCAUCUUCCGUUUCGUCGCCUACAUCUUUACCAUACCAUCAUCAAUAUUCUAGGCAGCAACUGCUGCUGCUACCCCCACAAUACCCUCCUCACCAUUACCUUGCACCACCUCAAAUGAUACGAUCAAACUCACAUUCAAACUCGUUUUCCGCAGCAAUUAACAGUGCUGUCUCGUCUCCAUCAAGAAGUCUUUCUUCAUCUUCGACACCAAGUAUUCCAUCUUCUUCUUCAUCUUCUUCUUCCAAUACCAAUCCAAAUUCCUCAUCUAGCUACUCGAAACGCAAAACGAGAAACAAUUUACCAAAAGAGAUUACAUUUGUGUUACUUCGUUGGUUGAACGACCAUUUAAACCAUCCGUACCCCAACUCGUUUGAGAAAAACCAAUUAAUGAUGAGCACGGGCUUAAAUCAACAACAAUUGAGUAAUUGGUUUAUUAAUGCUAGAAGAAGGAAAAUUAAAUCGUUAAAGGAGCAGAAGAAAAUGAACUUGGUGUAG